CAUUCUCUACUUAUGCAAGAAUAAGUUUAAAGCAUCACGAAGUGUCCCCCAAUUCCCAAACUUUCAGGUCGCAAAACGCAGCACCGGCAGCGGGGCCUCGCAAGGGUUUAAAGCGGUUUGCAAACGUACCAAAAAGACCUUAAGCCUUCACACGCUUCAAUCUGCGCCAGCGGCACCUAUCCGACGAGACGCGCAACCUACAUUUCCGACGGGAGCGGCGUCGCUUUAACAUGGCCGCUUGACAACUUGCUCACAGCGAGGAGACUAGAUGGGCUCGCUCCAGAAAAUGAGUUGGCUGGAGGACUGCGGUGGCUGGGCGCUCAGCUCUAUUGCCGCAUAUGUGCCUUGGGCGGCCUGCGGGCUCCAAACAUGGGCCACAGCGCUGCUGCCUGGGUGGAAUCCCCAGGCCGAGCCCAUAUAUGUGGGACACCGUAAAUUUCGGGUGCUGCAGCAGCUGGGCGAGGGCGGCUAUGCGGUGGUGCUGCUGGUGCAGGAGGCGCCCACGCCGUACCGCACACACCCCGAUCCCGAGCUGCGAGCCCUCAAGAAGGUGCUGGUGCAGUCUGGCGAGCACUUUGACGCAGUGCAGCAGGAGAUGAUGAUCCACCUGGCCGUGCAGCACCACCCCAACAUACUGCCCCUGCUGGACUACUGCUGCAGCGAGCCCGGGCCGCCCGCCGGACCGCCCCUCCCGCCGGCGGCGGCGCCGCCGCCCAGCGGCACAGCCUCAGCGGCUGGCGCCGCCGGCCACAGCCCGUCCAGCCUUUACAACGCCGCCUUCGGGGACCGCGGCCAACCGCCCCAACCGCAGCCUCAGCACCCGCACUACCACUCCCACGCAACGCUGCACGAGCCGCAGCCGCUGCAGCCCAAGGGCGCGCCGUGGGCGCUCGCGACGGCUCACCCGCACAUGACGCAACCGCACCCGCAAGCGCCGGCCCGGGGGCUUGACGGGCAGCGAGGCAUGCCGUCGUCGGGUGGCGGCGCGGCGGUGGAGGUGGCGGCGUCUUGCUCCCGCGUGGCGUGCUUCCUGUUCCCGGUGUUUCGUGAGGGCACGCUGGCUGCGGAGCUGGAGCGGCUGGCGGCGCGGGGAGAGCGGCUGGCCACUGCGGAUGUUCUGUCGCUGUUCAUCCAGAUGGCGCGGGCAACGCGGCACAUACACGGGCACGGCUACGCGCACAGAGACCUCAAGCCGCUCAACGUGCUCAUCGCCUCCAACCCCGACCACCCAGCCAACCGCCAGUCCCAACCGUCCCAACCGCAACCGCAGUGGCUCGGGCAGGGGACAGGCACGGGCCGGCGGCCGACCGGCGGCGGCAGUAGCAGCAGCGUCAGCAGUAGCCUGGCUCGGCCGCUUCAGGGCCCCGGCCACCUGCAUCACGCCGCCGGACAAGACGUGGAGGCUGGGGGGCGGCUGCUGAGCGAGGGCGGCGGCGGGACCGGGCUGUUCCCCCCGGGCGCCAGGUACCGGUGUGUUGUGAUGGACUUUGGCAGUGCCCGCCCCGCCAAGGCGCAUGUGCCCAACCGCGCGGCGGCACUGGCUCUGCAGGAGGACGCGGAGGCCCACUGCUCUGCGCCCUACCGCGCCCCGGAGCUGCUGGACGUGCCCUCGCCCGCCCCCCUGGACUACAGCGCCUGCGACGUGUGGGCGCUAGGCGCCUCGCUGUUUCAGAUCAUGUACGGCGAGCCGCCCUUCGCCCGGGCCACCAACGCCGCGGGGGGCAGUCUGGCGCUGGCGGUGCUCAACUGCGCCAUCGGUUGGGCCCGCCCCCCCGGGCCCGCCUACCCGCCCGAGCUGCACGAGCUGGUGGCAGCGGCCAUGGCGCCAGAGCCCAGCCAGCGACCCAGCGCCGACCAGCUCGUGCAAAUGGCGGAGGCACUGGCGCACCGCACCCCGCCGCUACCGGAGCCCAUGCCGCCACAGUAACAGUAGCAGUAGCAGCAGCGACAGCAGUGAUGGCGGCGGCGGUGGCGGUGGCAGCAGCAGGAGGCGCGUCGGUGUCAGGGGCGGAGGCGGCAGCGGCCGGCACAGCACAGGUCGGUCUGGGGUCGGCACGGGAGGUCGGUCUGAGGUCGGGCGUGACACGGUGUCACGGACCAGCGCCGCCGCUGCCGUAGUAGGCGGGACGCAGCAGCAGCAGGCCAGGGGGCUGCCACGGCCUGAGCACACGCCUCCGGCGCAGCGCGAUAUCGCGCCGGUGAUGCCAUGGCCGUGGCUUGCCGCCGCGAAGUCCAAAGGGUUCCAAACCCGCCGCCGGCGGUCGGCGCCGAGCAUAUGGGGCCGCGCCGGCGGCCGGGCGGGGCUGCCGUGACACGCGGCUGGACACAUGGCGGGCGGUGCCUCGUGGCGGUGCCUGUACAAACCGACCCCGGCUAUGUCCGGGAGAUGAGGUAGUUUCGGAACCUUCGGCCUCAGACACGCACCAACGUGGCAUGGGUGCAGCCCACGUUUCGCUGGAGAGGGGGAGUCACCUUUGUUGUCGAGCACCUUGCGGUGCGACGUGCGUUGGCUUGCUGUGUUCAUCGCGCAUGUGGGCGCUUGCUUGUGUGCGUGCUGACAGUUGGGCUGCGGGGCCACCCACGGCCCCCUUGCUUGUCAGACUAUACGGCCAGAGACCCAUCGCGGACGCGCCCAGCUGGCCAGAGACUGCGACUGUCGAUGGUCAGCGUUUGAAAAGGAGCAGGAGCAAUACAGGAGCUCGACGCUCCAAAGAAACGCCCAGGAACGCUCACCUGUGAUGAUCCUUGGCAGGCCGUUCACGCCUCUAGGGCAGCUGGUGGUGCAGAUGUCGGCUCUAUGGCAGCUGGUGGCGCCGGAAAGAGGGCGAACUUGGGGCGUGGCGGGGUCUUUACGGGCCCGCGAAUGUCCAUCCCGUUACGGACUCGUGAAGUCGCUUCUCGCUCCGGCAAUGAGUUUGACCCGCCGCCUACGGUGUUUGAGACCAAUAGACCUUGAAGUCGCGAUUUGCGCCAGUAUUGAGUUUGGUGCCGGCGACCGCCCGUUUCUGGGUGGCUUACACCCCCUGAAUCGCCGCUUGGGGGGCUCAGCCCAAGAAACCUAGGUCGAGGCGGGUUGAAUGCGGGUGCCGUGUCGCGGCAUGGGCCUGUAACUCUUUAUGCAUGCUAGGGGCCGGAGGGGUCCAGGGCGGCGGGGCGCGGGGGCUUGCUGGCACGGAUUUGCACGCCAAGGCGCGGCGGGGGGAGACGGGGGGGAGGGAGGGCGUGAUAACGCCCGAGAGUGCGGGGCGGAUGACGCGGAUGGGUGUAACCAAGCACGGGC